AUGGCUCCAGACAUCGACAAUAUCUGGUCGUCGACCACAGAUGCGGCUGAGAGCCCCGUCGACGAGCGCAGAAUCCUCCUCAAGAGAGCCGUGGGCCAAAAGAUCCUAGUCCCUAGCAUCUUGUCUCUAAUGCCGGCAUGGCCUAGUCAAGUGCACCCAGCUGUUGAUGAAGUCAAUACGGAGAUAGAUAAGUGGCUCCCGACUGUCAAUGUUGCCGAGAAGAAGAAGGCGAAGCACCGCGCUCGUGGGAACUACGCAUUCCUUACAGCCGUGUACUAUCCCUACUGCAAGGAGACGGAGCGUCUUGUUGUCAUAACAAAAUUCCUUUAUUGGAUAUUCUUCUGGGAUGAUGAGAUUGACACGGGAGGAGAGCUCACUGAGGAUGAGGAGGGUACUAUCCAAUGUUGCGAAGAGACGAACAAGUGUGUUGAUGACUGUCUCGGCCCCAACCCUAACUACAACCCCCCUCCAAACUCCCGGGGAACGGUUGAGAUGUUCUACCCCAUCUUAAGAGAUUUCCGAGCUGGUCUCGGGCCGGUCUCCACGGAAAGACUUCGAAUCGAGCUCCAUGACUAUAUCAAUGGUGUCGCAAAGCAGCAGAAGGUUCGUCAAGGGGAACGCUUACCAGACCCCUGGUAUCACUUCAAAAUCCGGUCGGAUGACGUUGGAGUCAUUCCAAGCAUUACGCAAAACGAGUAUGCCAUGAAAUUUGAAUUGCCCGAGUAUGUUCGCAGACACGAAGCAAUGGAGGAAAUUGUCCAAGAGUGCACCAAACUUACCGUCCUACUCAAUGAUGUAUUGUCUCUACAGAAGGAAUUCCGCGAUUCACAGUUGGAGAAUCUCGUCCUCCUUUUCAUGAACAGGUAUAAUCUGUCACUUCAAGCCGCCGUCGACAAGGUCCUCGAUCUCAUUCGAGAGCACUACGCGAUUUGCGUCGCGGCCGAGAAGAGGCUUCCCUGGAGCGAAGAUGACGAGAAGUUGAAUGAUGACAUCAGAGAGUAUGUCCGCGGCUGCCAGAGAUUGGCUACCGGUACUGCGUAUUGGAGUUACUCAUGCGAGAGAUACUUCAAGCAGACGCAGGUAAAUGAUAAAUGGGAGGUACUAUUGGAUUUGUCAUAUGUGGAAUGA